UUUGAAAACAAUCACAACGGAGAGCAUAGAAAGAUUUGAAAACCACGCGUAUCACGGAUACACUCUAGUUCUUAUCAUAGAACUCGGGCUUGUCUGAUCGUACGCUGAGCAAAGAAGGAAGUGGCAGUAUCUUUUAGUAUUCCGUUUCGUUCUGUUCUCAUUUCGCGAGCGGUUCAUGCUGUUUUAACAUAGUCCGCGCACGGUGAAAGUGACACCAAACGCAACAUUUUACAGGAUAUUGAAGAAAUUUUUGUUUAAUAUAUAUUUAUGAGUAAAAUAUCUUUAUAUAAUUUCUCCACGAUUUCAAAGAGCGAGGAAACAAUGAGACGAUAUUCAUAUUCUCGUCGACAACAAAUUGUUCCAGAAGAAUAUCGAUCUUGCGAAGUGAGCAUAUCGUCCGCUCGUGCGUCGGUAAUGGUAUAUGACGACGUUAAUAAAAAAUGGGUACCAAGUGGCAGUUCCUCAGGACUCUCCAAAGUUCAGUUAUACCAUCAUCAAGUGAAUAAUACAUUUCGCGUAGUGGGAAGAAAGUUGCAGGAUCACGAAAUCGUGAUCAAUUGCGCGAUCCUCAAAGGAUUAAAAUACAAUCAGGCGACAGUCACAUUUCAUCAAUGGCGAGAUAAUAAACAAGUAUACGGUCUGAAUUUCUCCAGUAAGGAUGACGCCGACGCAUUUGCUAGGGCGAUGUUACAAGCACUCGAUGUAUUGAGCAAUGGAAGCAAUAUAUCGAGAAGUCUUGCACCUGCCUCCGCUACUCAACAACAAUCCGUCUUUCAGCAACAGCAACCUACUAAUGCUCAAUACGAUGAAGAUAUGGGAUACAGAACCAUGACCAGAGAAGAUGUAGCAAUUAUUCAGGAACGCAGAAUGUCUCAACAAAGCCAAGCAACAAAUAGUCCGAACGCAAUUUCUCCAAGUUGUCCUCUCGCAUCGCAGCAACAGCAACAGCCGCCUCCACAACAACAACAACAACAACCGCAACCACAACCUCAACAAUCUAUGCAACAACAACAAUCGCAGCCGCCAGCGCCACCACAACCUCCGCAACAGCAGCAACAACAACAACAUCAAGUGCAGCAGCAGCAGCAACAAUCGCAGCCAUUGCAGCAACAACCACAAUCCGGUCAUCAUAGAACUUCGUCAGCACCUCCAGCUCCGCAACCUCAGCAACAAACUGUUAUACAAUCGAUGCAGGUUACCGGUGGCAUUGGAACUAGUGCAGCACAAAUGACGAGCGGGGGUGCGCCUCCGGUACCUCCACCACAGCCACCUAUGGCGGCAACAGCUCCGCCGUGUCCACCGGCAAUGAUAAACUUUAACGUCCCGGUACCACCACCUCCAAUGAUGAUGAGCCAAUACGCGCAAUCCCCAUCUUCUCAAUCAAAUUUGCCGAAUCAAUCGCAAGCACAGUCAAUUUAUGGUAGUAGUCAAGGAAAUCAGUAUGGAGCCGCACCGAACAAUAGUCAAUACGCGACUGUCGCUGUCGUCGGGCAAAGUCCAUGCCAGUAUUCUUCUGGAAAUCAGAAUAACUUCUACAAUAACAACGGACAAGUCGCUAACGCGUAUUCUAGUGGACAGCCUGGACAAACAAAUCAGUAUGGCGGCGGUGGUGGUAGUAGUGGUGCUGGUGGUCCUGGUGGCCCUGGUGGGAAUCAGUAUGGAAGUAGUAAUUCGAUUGGUCAGUAUGCCAGUAGCGGAGCUGCGACAACAGGUCAGGGUUAUGGGGUAGGUGUCGCAGUCAACGUUGGUGUCGGCCAGCCGAAUCAGUCUCAGUACAAUAUUGUAUCUCAGGCACAGGCACAAUAUGGUACUAGCCAAAUACAAGCAGUUUCUAGCGCUACGAAUCCUUAUGGAACGCCAUCAAAUUCAGUGAAUCAAUACAGUAGCACUAGCGGUGUAGGUGGUAGCGGUGGUACUUGUGGAAAUACUGUUGGCAGCGCUAGCGGUGGCCCUGGCAGUGGACAUCACGUACCACCUGUUAAUCCUAAUGUUUACGCUCCUCUCGGUAAUGCUGGUCCUCAACCACCUCCUAUGCUACCAGUGGCUGGGCCUGCCGCUCCACCUCCACCUCCUCCACCACCUGCCCCGAAGAUCAACGCUGUUAAUCUAAAUCCACUUUCUGGAUCUGGUUCCACUGGGUCAGUAAGUUCUGUCACAAAUAGCGAGCCAUCACCGGAUUCCAAUUCGUUGGCUGCAGCAAUUCAAGCAACUCGUCUUAAAAAGAAGCAACAGGCAUCACAGCAACCAGUAGAAAACAGUGGUUCUAGUACUAGUAGCAGUGGAAGUGCUGGAAGCGGAAAUUAUGGUACUUUAGGAAGAGGUGGAGGUGGCGGUAUGGCUUCCAUGAUGGAUGAAAUGGCUAAAACUUUAGCCCGUAGACGAGCUGCCGUUGAGAAAAAACAACCCGAGCAACCACAAGAACCUGAAAGUUCACCCGAUAAGAAAUGGGAUAAGAAUAGUUCAUCUAACAAUAAAUUCUCAAAUGGUGCCGAAUCACCAAAAUCGGUUCGCAAGAGGUUUGGUUCAGCUUCAGAAGAUACACUUUUAAAAGUAAACGGUGUUAACGAUGGGGCUGUGCUCACUGCUCAAGAAAUGGAAGCAUUUAAAGCAGAGAUUAUCAAGGAAGUGCGUAAAGAAUUUCAAAAGAUGAAACAAGAGAUUGUAGAUGCUGUCAGAACGGAACUAAGUAGAAGAUAAGGAUGAGAUGCGGACCAGUUUGAACUAAAACGAAGAAAAAAAAAAUGAAGGAUUCUACCAUUGUGUAGAUCAACCGAAACGAUCAUCGACAACCGUACACGAAUUUUUUUUUACUACGUAUUUGCGAAAAUGGAAUGCAGUUAUACCCCAUGUAUAUCAGACAUGUUUGUGUGUAAGUACGUUAUAUCUAAUCUAGUGUUUUAAGUGAACCGUACCCUUUCGUUGCUUACUUGAGCGAAUGGUAAGCAAUGCGAUUUUUGGAUAAAAUUGAUUCUGAUUCUACCAAUUCGAUGCACACUACAUUUUAGCAUUCAUAUUAGUCUUCGGUGGUAUUGUACGUUUUUUAAAAUAUUUUAUUUUUGUUUUUUUUUUUUAUGAUUUUUCAAAUUAAUAUCGAUUACACUGUUUCGAUAACUUGUUCAUAAUUGAAUCGAACAAUCUAACGUGACGUAACGUAAAAUGCUGAUCUCACGCACAAUGGAAAACGCUUGCGUUUCUAUGUAAAUAUCACAAAACUCAAUUCAGCAAGAGAUACGUAAAAGAUAUAACGUUAUAAAAAUAUCCCUACUUUAAGACGCAUUUAAAAUAUCGAAUUAAAAAUAUUUGCAUUGAAUUUUGUUUAAUAAUGCAAUUUUAUUCUUUUAAAUAUUUUUUUUUUUUUUUUAAUACGUAAUAUACGUAAUAUUAUAUUCGCAAUAUCGAUAUCACUUGAAUUUUUUUCGUACAUACCACCACUUCCAUGUACAGAUUUCAUUAAUACGCACAGUUCAAUACAUUCCAAAUCAAAGUUUUUCGGUAUUGUAAAACAGGUAGAACAGAAUAAAGUGAUCAUCAAUCAACUGCCACACGAUUUUCCAGUAAAGUUAGUUCUCGAUUCUACUCGAGAAGUAUGUUUCACAAUUUCUUUUAAUACAAGAAAUAUAUCCAUUAUCCGAUCGUUUUAAAAAAAAAAUUACGAUCGAUUUUAUAUCUACGCAUUCGUUGAUCGCCACAAAUUCAAAAUUCAAACAUAUGACAGGGCGAUCAUGUUUGCUACCGAUAAUAGUAUACUACUCUCCGUUCUUAUAUUUUUUUAUCGUCUCUCGUACGAUUCUCACAGAAAAUGAGAAAAUUAACGUUGCAGUUCAUAUAUAUUCUAUGUAUCUAUAAUAUAACCAUACGUACGCUGAUUCGCACCAGCUUAUUGGCAUUUAUUGCAUUCAAACUGAACAGGAUCGGAGAGUGUUAGCAAUCGAGAAUAGAAAGAAAGAAAGAGGAAAAAGUGAGUGAGUGAGAGAAAGAGAGAGAGAGCGAGCGAGCGAGCGAAAGAGAAAGCGAGAGAGAGAAAGAGAGAGAGAGAGCGAUAGGAAGAAAGCGUGCGAAAGAGAGGAAAGUAAGAGAAAGAGAUGAAGAGAAAAAGAAAAAAAGAUUGUCAUAUCCAUUCCUCGCAGUAUUCGUUAUAUUUCGUAACGUGUUAAAAUAUCAAUGUCAUUCGAUGUACGAUAUGAUUCGAUACGACAUGACGUCAUGAUGUAAAAUUAAAUGACGUGUAUGAUAAAUAUCGAUGAUUCAUUAUUAUAUUAAUAUUAUCUAUUUUAUUUUUCUUUUUUUCUUUUUCUUUACUUCACGAGACGGAUUUACGAUGACUGAUUAUUAAAUUAAACGCAUUAAUUAAGAGCGCAACGAUAAUGUUAAGUAUUAUCAAACUAAAUUUUUUAUUUCAAUUUCUAGUCGUAUAAGAAAAAUAAUAAUGAAAAGUAUAAUCGCUAACAUUAAUAUCCACUUCAAUAUUUUCGUGAGAUAAGGAGUUAAUAAGAGAUAAUCUCAAUGCGAUUUGGAUCUCUAAGAAUUAUGAUAUUUGCGCAUUUUUUCACAAAUAUUAUCUAUUAAAAAUAAUUCGUUUUAAUUUUAUUUUAUUUUUUUUUUUUCCUUCGUAUCGCGCAAUCGUUCUUAAAAUUGUAAUUACACAUUAAAUUUUCGUCUUAAGAUCGGGGAUAAGGAAAAAAAAAAUUGUAAUUACAUAUUAAAUUUUUCUCUUAAAGUCGGGGAUAAGAAAAAAAAAAAAAACUAGUAUCUAAUCUUUUUUAAUGCUCGCAUUAAAUUUCGACUUGAGACAGUUUCGUUCACAAAUUGUAUCGAUACAACCGACUGAACCGAAUAAAAUAAUGCUCUCGUUGUUACGAUAAGCACGUAUAUAUUCUUGGCAAAUCUUUUUUUUUUGCCACUCGAUGCAUUUCACAUUUGAAACAAUAUAUUCCGUUCUGUCUUAUCGCAUUCCACUAUCAUUGUACGACUUUCGAAAUUUUUAUGCUUAUACAUCGACGUUUAUAUUUUGCUACUUGAUUUCAUUUCCAUAACUUUAACUUUUUAAGGCUUUCCACGUAAGGUAAUGAAUAAUCUUGCGAUCGCGUUGCGUCGACUUUUUAAAAAAAAAAAAAAAAAAAAGAAAAAAGAAAAAAAAUAACGAUUCGACGAUAAAUAACUGUUGUUUAAACAAUUUGCAAGGCUAAAUUUUAAAACGAUCGAACCAACAGGUGGAACAGGUAUGCGUGUGUGCAAGAGUAAUAAUACAACGUUGAGUGUGUGUGUGUGUGCAUAUGUGUAUGCGCGCGCGCGCGUGCUUGCGUGUGAUUAAAAAUGCGAAACGUUGAAUGUUGGGAACGGUGGGUGUUGUGUUGCGUGUAGAAAGAAGAGAAAAGGGAAAUGUUUGGGCGCGGCAAUGGUAAUAGCGUUCGACGAAUAUAAGGGGAGAAGUGAAUCGCACGGGGUACGAGAAAAGUACGACGACUAGUGUUAGAGUGCAUUUAUAUUAUAUUUAAAACAUAUGUAUAUUUAUAUAUACAUAUAUCAUACAUGGAUAAUUUUAAUAACGACAGGAUUAACGCGCGAGCAUAAAGAGUGUUUUGUUACGAUUGAAAUUAUUUAAGGAGCGUGUAAGAGAUAGCGUGGCGAUAACGGAUCGACAUUGCUUUUUUUUUUUUUUUUUAUACCGAUACCGAUGAAUGGAUUGAUUCGGUAUCGAGCCGAGUCGGGAGAUAAUAACGUGUCCAGGGCCAUUAUAAACGAUGUGUAUUAUAAUUAAUGUAAUCAGCAAAAAAUACACGUAUGAUAAUGAAAAAAAUAACGAGUGAAAUACUAUUUUAUGUAUUACGUGCGACGUAACGGCAACGAGAGGUCGAAAGAAAAAAAAAAUACAUUGUUUAUUUUAAACGCUCUAUACGUAAAAUUGUUCGAUAAUUUGCUCGCCGAUUAUUAUAUUUCUUAUCACGAUAAUCACACGAUAUCUCAUCGUGUGCAUACGUACGUACAAUUGUAUGUACAAUAAUUACCUUGACUCGCAUUAACUUCUUAAUCGUCGAUCGUCGAGUCUCGUCGCCGUUUCCCGUCGUUGUUUAUAAUAUAAAUAUAUACGUAUAGAUACGUCGACGAUGCAAAUUAAAAAGGGAGUAGAACCUUGGUUAAAAACAAAUGUGGCAAUCACGAGCAUUAUUCCUGAUAAAAACGUUAUUAAAAACGGUAGACUGAAAAAAAAAAAAA